CACAUGACUAAUGUAAUAACAGACUAACGGCUUAUGUUGCUUUUACAGUGUGAUUCAUAACACUAUCUGUACGUUAUGGAUUCCAAAUCAAACGAUGCCACUGGAGUUUGUGAAACGUGAAGAAUGGACAAAAUUCAGAGAAGAAAAGCCUGACAAGAUACUACACCCGGCCUACUGUGUGUGGUACACCGUUACUUGCACCCGCCCAUGCAAUGAUGGGGAAUCAUGUAUACAGAGGACUAAAGGCUUACUGAGGGAACAUAGGCUUGACUUCAAACGCAAGGAUAUCGCCUAUAAUUUCCUGAUCGGGGACGAUGGCAAGGUUAUAGAAGCCAGAGGAUGGUUCGAUGCCCCUGAUCUACCAGUUCAAUUCUUAUCACUCAAACACCAAAGCAUCUAUAUAGCGUUCAUUGGAUGGUAUAAAUAUCUCGAGCUGCCAAAGGAUCUUUACAUAAUCGCAGAUGAAUUGGUGAAAUACGGUGUGGAAAAUAAAUACAUCAAAGAAAAAUACAUUAUGAACGAUCUUAUAUCAAUUGUGUCUAGACGAAGAUGUGUUGGCUGAAAUGACUACUAAUACACACUAUAGGAAAUUACGACAAUAGAUAACUAAAUCUUUUCCUAAAUAUUUUUCAGAUGAAGAAAUGCCAAAGGAGCUAUACGCUAUUGGAGAAGAACUAAUAAAGUAUGGAAUCGCAAAAAACUAUAUCCUGCCGAAAUUUAUUUUGAAUGAUCUAUUAACGCCUUUCCCACAAAAAUUACGUUUGGAAAAAGGUGUUUUUUGGGAAGGAUUUAAGAAUGAUAAUACUGUAUAUGAAAUAUGA